AUGACUAUUGAAGAUUAUUUUCACUAUCUGGCAGUAGGUACGACGAUAUUUAGUUCGAUGACAAUUGUUAUACUACUAUUUGCUGUUCCAGCAAUUUAUUUGAAGGCAGAACGAGAGCGCUCAUAUGCUAUGACGAAAUCAGCUAGUUUUAAAGAGAAAUCAAAUAAAAUAUGGACAGAAAUGAAAUCGGUGCGAGAAGAAGUUGGAGUAACAGUGAUUCUUCGAGGACGUCGUUCUCAUCCACACAUUUUUAGCAGCAAUAAACAAGUGGUGUGCUCAGGAUGCAUACAACUCGGAUGCCCCAUAGGUCCACCUGGCCUUAGCGGACCUGCUGGUGAAGAUGGAAUACCAGGAAUGACGGGUAAGCCAGGUUUACCAGGUGAUGAUGGCUAUGAUGUAGAGCUUACACCGGAAGAAGAGCUACCAUGUGCAAUUUGUCCUGCUGGACCUCCUGGACAAAGAGGACUACAAGGUGAACGCGGACAACUUGGAGAACCUGGUCGAACUGGGGAACCAGGUCCACCUGGUAUGUCAGGGGAACAUGGGCCAAUAGGGGAGCCUGGUCUGCCGGGAUCACCAGGUCUCCAAGGUCCUAUUGGUCUUUCCGGACCACCGGGUGAUACAGUCAUAUCUGGUACUGGAAUUAAGGGACCAAAAGGGCCACUCGGCCCUCCGGGUCCAAAGGGAGCUACUGGACUGCGAGGCAAGCCAGCAAAGGAAUCUGGUUUCGCCGGAAAACCAGGAAAUAUUGGACCUGUUGGACCACCAGGACGACACGGAAAAAUAGGCGAAGAAGGACCAUGGGGACCACCUGGGGAACCAGGUCAACCAGCAACAUAUUGUCCAUCAGAUUGUGGUGUAUCACAGAUAUUCGCAGCACCACUAGUUAACGAUUUUCUGGCAACAGUGAAAGACUAA